GACCUGUUUAGGCUAGCAAAGGGAGCUACAGUCAACGAAAAUCAUGCUCUGAAGUGGCAUAACUUAUAUUACAUAUGUUUAGCGAACGACAUGUAAAUAUAAUACGUUGCUUCAUAUGUAACGGUAGCUUCUAGUGACGGAGGUAGCUGUUGCAAGGCGGAAUGUGCCUUCUUUUACAUCCUCGCUGACCAGAUGGCUAUGAAGUGUCUGGCUAACGUUAGCUGCUAGCUAAACUAAACUGGCUUACUUACAAACUGGCAACCUGCUAAUCCCGAUGUUAAUCCACUGUCAGAAGAUGUCUCUCGAUUCGAACGGGAUGAGUUGAAUGACUGACUAAAUAGCCUUGCGUAUGCUUAUCGUUGCAUUUACACCGUUAACUUAAAUGUAAAGACGUGACUUUUUUUCAGGCAAACAGCCACUAAUAUAAUCAUUAACGUUAGAUAGCAAGAAGAAGUAUCGUUCUGUAAAGAUGGAAAUAAACUUGAAUCAUGUUGAUUAUGUGCAGGUUGGAGUGACCUCUCAGAAAACAAUGAGACUGCUGCCUGCGAUAGGACGCAAAGCUACUCAAAAGGUGGCAGUGGCAGAUCAUGAUGGUGUGCUGACAUGCUUUGGGAUGAAAAAGGGAGAGGCAGUGCCUGUGUUUAAGACGUUGCCAAGCCAAAAGAUAUCCAGGCUGGAGCUGGGCGGAGCGCAGGGGACUCCUCAGGAGAAGAUCUUUGUGUCUUGUGGCUCUGAAGUCAGAGGCUUCACCAAGAAGGGAAAGCAGUUCCUGUCAUUUGAAGCCAAUCUGACAGAGACUAUAAAUGCCAUGCACGUUUCCGGGGCUGAUCUUUUCGUGUGUGCCAGCUACAUCUACAACCAUUACCUUGACUGUAAAGAUCAGGACUACUACUUGUCCGGCGACAAAAUCAACGACAUUGUGUGCCUGCCAGUGGAGACUGUGGGCCGAACUGUGCCCAUUCUAGCCUGCCAAGACCGCGUACUCAGAGUCCUUCAGGGAUCUGAGCUUCUGUAUGAUGUAGAAGUUCCUGGGCCUCCAUCCGUUUUGGAGCUCAACAAUCAAGAUGGCGGUACAGAGGGAGAGGAAGUUCUCUAUGGAACAGCAGACGGGAAACUUGGACUCGUGAAAAUAACAGAAUCCUCUCCUGUUUCAAAAUGGGAAAUCAAUAAUGACAAGAGGAAAGGAGGGAUACUGUGUAUUGACACUUUUGACCUUGUCGGUGAUGGAGUGAAGGAGAUCUUGGUAGGCAGGGAUGAUGGAACUGUGGAGGUCUAUGGACUAGACAGCUCAAAUGAACUUACUCUGCGCUACGAACAUGUUUUGUCAGAAAGCGUUACAUCAAUCCAGGGAGGCUGUGUAGGAAAAGAGAACUACGAUGAGGUGCUGACAACCACCUACACAGGCUGGGUGACGGGACUGACCUCUGAGCCCCAGCAGAUGGAGGCCGGCCCUGGAGAGGAGGUGAAGAUGAGCAAAGAGACCCAGGCUAAGGUGGCAGCCCUCAGGGCUGAGUUAGAGCAGCUGCAGGUGAAGGUCUUGCAGGGCCGAGAGAAGUACCAGCAGAGCUCUCAGUCCAGCACUGCCGUCUCGGCCGUCCCUGUGUUCAGCGUCAACGACAAGUUCACCCUGUGCCAGGACGACGCCAGCUACAGCCUCACGCUGGAGGUCCAGACCGCCAUCGACAACUUACUUCUGCAGAGUGACGUUCCUAUCGACUUACUGGAUGUAGACAAGAACUCUGCUGUUGUGAGCUUCAGUGAGUGUGAUUCGGAGCAACCAAACGGCAAUUUUCUUCUGGCUACAUACAGGUGCCAAGCAAAUACCACCAGACUUGAGUUGAAGGUGAGGUCUAUUGAGGGCCAGUAUGGCACUCUGCAGGCGUACAUCACCCCUCGCCUGCAGCCCAAGACCUGCCAGGUGCGCCAGUACCUGAUCAAGCCUUUAUCCCUCCACCAAAGAACCCACUCCAUCGACCAGGACAGACCUGUGAACACGCUGAGCCUGGUUGGACAGUUCAGCUUUGCGGAGAUCCACUCAUGGGUGGUGUUCUGUCUGCCGGAGGUGCCAGAGAAGACCCCGGCAGGAGACAACAUCACCUUCUACUUCCAGAACACCUUUCUUGGAACCCAGCUGGAAGCUACUUACUGCAAAGGGGAGGCACACUUCAAAUCUGACAACAUCUCCACAAUAUCAAUACUAAAGGAUGUCCUAUCCAAAGAGGCCACAAAGAGAAAAAUUAACCUGAACACAUCUUACGAUAUAAAUGAAGACUCUGUGAGCCAUACACUGAAGAUGAUUCACCCUAAGCUGGAGUACCAGUUGUUACUAGCCAAAAAGGUGCAGCUUAUUGAGGCACUAAAGGAACUGCAGGUCCACGAAGGCAAUGCAGAUUUUCUUAUUCCUGAGUAUCGUGGUAUUCUAGAUGAGUCUGCCCACCUGUUGGAAGAGUACAAGAAGCAGCCAGCCCAUUUGGAAAGAUUAUACGGUAUGAUAACUGAUCUCUUCAUUGACAAAUUCAAGUUUAAAGGACAAAAUGUGAAAACAAAAGUUUCGUUGUUACUGGAAAUUCUGGAUAACUAUGAUCUGAAUUCUUUAAUGGAUUUUUUUAAUGAAGCUUAAUUCAUUACACUCUCACAAUGGAUAUCUUAUUUAUGUUGUGUAACUGUUUGUCUUAUUUUGUCAGUAGACCACUUGUCUUGUAAAUGAUCAGGUUUUGUCUAGAAAAUUAAAAUCUCAAGAUAUUUUUUGUAUUGCCUUUGGGGAGUGGCUAUACUUUAAUAUACUCUGCAUAUUGUGGUUUUUGACAAUGUAAUAAAUUUACACU